GAAAACUGCCACUAUUCCGGACUUCCGGGCAUCACACGGACUAAACAACACCCCAAGUUGGGGACACAGACGAUUAAAAAAGUCUUUUCCGGGGAUUAGACCAUUGGUACACUCGAAUCAUAUAACCUGCCACUUUUCAAACGACCUUGGAAGGGCGCAUGCGCACACGGGGACAACUUCGGGCCGAAGUGACGUCAGGUAUUUACUAAAAAAUACAAGCAGCCCCAAAAACACAAAAUCAACGAAACUAAACCAUCACCACUACAUUGUAGCACAAAAAAAUUUUGUUUUAAGCGUAAUUACCGGAAAAUUUUUUGACGUAAAAACAUUACUACCAACCUGACAAAUAAUAACAAACUUGAGACACAAUUUACGAUUAUUUAAACGAUUUGAUUUAUUUCAAGUGUUUGUUUAGUAUUAAUAGUCAAAACAACUCAAGUCCGUGUAAUUAUUAAUUAUCUUUUAAUCUCAAAAUAAACAAAUUAUGUGGAGUGAAGUUAGCGGGUUAGGCAACCAACAAUACGCAUGUGCGGUGACCCAAUCGAUGUAAAUCCGUUAAUUUCCAUUUCGAGGACGCAAUUCCGCAAAAAAACAACUUUUUGUGAAAAUGGGAGACGAAAAUAUUUUCCUGUUUGUGCCAAACUUGAUCGGCUAUGCCCGCGUUAUUUUGGCCCUAAUUUCCUUCUAUUACAUGCCCACAAACCACAUAAUUGCUGUAAUUUGUUACGUGGUGUCUGCCCUUUUGGACGCUUUUGACGGUCAUGCCGCCCGAUAUUUCAACCAAAGUACGAAAUUUGGGGCCAUGUUGGACCAGUUGACCGAUCGGUGUGGCACCAUGGGGCUGUGCGCCGUCCUGGCGCACUUGUACCCCGAUUACAUGUUCUGGUUUAUAGUCUCAAUGUGUAUUGAUAUUGCCUGUCAUUGGAUUUAUUUACAUGCAUCGAUUUUGCAAGGCAAGGCCAGUCACAAGUUCAUCGAUAUGUCGGAAAAUCCAAUUAUGAGUAUUUAUUACACUAAUCGGACUGUUUUGUUCUGGAUGUGUGCCGGAAACGAGGCGUUUUACGCCGCUUUGUACUUACUACAUUUCACCCAAGGCCCCACAAUUAUUGGGAUUUCGCUGUUUAAGAUCAUUGUGUACUUAUCAGCGCCGGUGGCUGUGGUCAAGUCGGGGAUUUCCCUCCUACACCUUGUGGUGGCUUCCAAAAAUAUCGCAAUUAUUGACAUAAACGAACGUAAACUCGUGAAAAAACAACACUAGAGUGGGUAAUUCCCCCCUGAAAGCCAAAGAAAAGUCUCCUUUUAUUAAAUGUAUCAAAUACAAAAAAAAAAACUUAUUAUAAUCAAUAAAUUAAAGUUUAGUCCCUAACAA